AUGGCUACGCCCCCACGUGAUCCCACUCACAACGCCUCGAGCACCGCCGCUGACGGCGCGUCUCACCGCUGGAUUUUCCCCCGCCCGCUCGUUGAAGAUUUUGCGCCGACCGCCAAGCUUCGCCCCGACAUGGUUCGCCAGCAGCCCGUUGGCGAGCCUGUUAAUGUCUAUAACGAGCCUUGUUCGUCGCAGCUGAAAGAGAUGAGGUCGAUUUACGGAAAUUCGCAUCUCCCGUCGUCGAAUUUUGAGAAAUCAGCGAUGGAGCCGGCGAUGGGAUCCACGUGUUCUCUCGACUCGCCGCUCCUUUACAUCCCCUCCUCCCAAUCGCUCUCACCUAACGCUUCGCAAACUUCGCCGCACGCUUCGUCGCAAUCGUCGCCGCACGGAUCGCCGGCGUCGUCGCCAAGCAUCACACCAAACGCGUCUGUGAACGACUUCUCGGCGCUCGAUUCCCCACUGGCAGUCGAGUCCCGUCAUCACGAUUCCGCCCAUGACUCCGACUCACCAGCAAUUCCCUUCAUUCUCUCAUCGCAACGACCCGACGCGCCGCUCCCUUCCCCCCGGUCCUCUAGCGCGACGACAUGGCCUCCGUCUGCGACAUUCCCUGCGAUGCCUCCUGCGACUGCGACAACCCCGAGAAACCAAACCGGAGGUUCGAGCUGCUUUAGUCACGCGCCCCCCUACUCCCCCGCUCCUUUGGGGUGCGCGCACUCCUCUGCCCUUACCGCGCGCUCCCGAUCCCCCGCUUUCACCGCCCCGGGCCCCGCAUCCGCGCCGUGCUCCCCGCUGAAGUCGUGGCGGGAGAAGCGUCAUCAUGCGGGGAAAGGAGCGCGGGGCGGCUCCGCUCUGUCAGCGGUGGCGCGAUGGGUGGUGGCUGCGGCAGCGAGCGGAUACGUGGGCGAUAACGUAUCACUCAGUGACGUGGAGGUAGUUGCGGGGGCGCUGAAAGCGGGAGGUACGGGGAAAGCGAUGGCACUGGCAGCUAGCCGUGCUGUUGAAUGUCACGACGACGACUACCACGACGGCGGCACAGGAGCAGUGGCAACAGCACCCCUUCACGCUCGGGUCCAUUCGCUUCCUUCCUUCCUCCCCCGCCACUCCGCAACGGCUGCGGUUCUAGUGACUCCUGCGACGGAGCCUGCGACGGACCCUGCGACGGCCCUAGCUGUGUUCUCCAGCGGAUCUGGCCUCAAGGAGAACAGCGUGCUUGUGACUGUAUCGGGUGGCUCGCAAGAAAAACUUGGUGUUAGAGCACUGGAACCAGGGGUGGCAGGGCAUGCCGGUGUGGUGGGGCGAGCGGAGGACGUGCACGAAAGGAAAGCUGAACAGGAGAACAAGGGAGUCAGCGGAUCAGGAGCAGAGGAAAGAGAGGGAGGAGGAGGAGAGUGGGGGAAAGUGGGAGGCGCGGGAGGGGGCAGCGGAGGCGGGGUGCAAGGGGCCCCAGGAGGUGAGGAAACUGUUGUGGCGGAGGGUGCCGAAGCGACGAUUGCGGCGGCUGCGGCGGUGGUGGCGGGGGGAGACGCGGCGAUGGAGGCGGGCGGUCGCGACGAGGUGGUGCGCGCGGGGCGCAGCGACACGGGAUGGCAGUGGCUGGAAACGGUGCGCGGGAGUGCGGGCAUAGCGGCCCAGCCGGCGCAACUGACGCAAUGCAUAGAGCGGUCCAAGACGCAUAAAGUCCCUGCAGCACGCACCAACGGCUACCUGGUCGUGACGGCCAACGGAGGACUCAACCAGAUGCGCGCAGCGAUCUGUGACAUGGUGGCCGUGGCUCGCCUCAUGAAUGCCACGCUCGUGCUGCCUCGCCUUGACCACUCCUCCUUCUGGGCCGACCCCAGCGAGUUUUCGGACAUCUUCGAUACAGAGCGAUUCAUUAAGGUGCUGCAGCCUGACAUCCGCAUAGUGCGGUCGCUGCCUGUCCACCUGCAGUCCGUGCAGGCACCAGAGAUUCAACCCAUAUCCUGGUCCAACGCGUCCUACUACAAGGAUCAGCUGCUGCCGCUGCUCAAGAAGCACCAGGUGCUCUCCUUCCCUCUCUCCGACUCGCGCCUUGCCAACAACCGCCUGCCAGCGUCGCUGCAGCGCCUGCGGUGCCGUGCCAACCAGCAGGCACUGGCCCACACGGAGCCCAUUCAGGCCGUGGCAAGGGAGGUGGUGCGGCGCCUCAGGAAGCGAGGCCCGCGCUUCAUUGCCCUGCACUUGAGGUACGAGAAGGACAUGCUGGCGUUCACGGGGUGCGCGCACGGGCUGAGCGAGCAGGAGAGUGAGGAGCUGCGGGCGAUGCGCAUGGCGGUGGCGCGGUGGAAGGAGAAGGACAUCGACGGGGAGAGCAAGCGCCGCGACGGGCUCUGCCCGCUCACACCGCGCGAGACCGCGCUCAUGCUGCGCGCGCUGGGGUUCGGCAAUGACACCGUCAUCUACGUGGCUGCUGGGGCCAUCUACGGCUCCAGGGGGCUCAAGGACCUGGAGGCACUCUUCCCCAACACCUUCUCGCACUCCACCAUCCUGCCGCCAUCGCAGCUCGCCCCGCUGCUGCCAUUCCAGAACCGCCUGGCAGCUGUGGACCACGAGGUCUCGGUACAGAGUGAUGCGUUUGUGUUCACAUAUGAGGGCAACAUGGCCAAAGUGGUACAAGGGCACCGGCGGUUCCACACACACAUGCCUACCAUCGACCCUGACAAGGUUGCAAUCAUCACUGCUCUGGACGCCUAUCAAUCUGGAAAUGCCACAUGGAACGAGACAAGAACGGCCAUCCGAAGAGCACACGGGCCAUAUCGACUGGGAAUGCCUAGGGAAAGGAGGGUGGGAGAGAUCCCCAAGCUGGAGGACAACUUCUUUGCCAAUCCCUAUCCUGGUUGUAUGUGUCAGCAACCUUAG